AUGGCGGACCAGGUUGACCCCGCGGUCAAGCUGGAACGCACCACGCCGGACGCUGCUCUGGCUGCGACGGUUGGGGCUGCCUCUGCGUCGCGAUCUUCCGCGCCGCGAGUCCGUCUCAGCUGCGAAGCAUGCCGCCAGCGCAAGGUCAAGUGUGAUAAGCUCAGUCCCUGCACCAGCUGCGUGCGCCUGGGCUUUGUCUGUGUCCCCGUUGAACGAGCUCGUCUACCGCGGGGCCGCACCAGAAAGCCAUCGGAACGGUUGACUGGAAACAAGGAGCUGAUAGAACGAGUAACGAAGCUGGAACAGCUUUUGAAACUUGUCGGGCCUCAUGUUGAGUCUCGUGCCGAGUCGCAUGUCGAGACAACGCCACGAUCAACGACCGCCAGCACCGAGAAUAGUCUUCAGACGAAGAUGACCGAUGUUGAGACCUGGCGCGCCGAGAAUGCUCAGCCUAGUAUGUUCGCCUUACCGCACCGACCACGCCCCUCGACGACCUACAUGGGUAGUUCGUUUUGGGAAGAUCUCGCGCAGCAGGCACAUGAACUCCGUACGGUCUUGGAUGACCACUUGGAAGACGAAGAAGCAGAGGAGGAGGCUAGGAGUCAGCCUGGCUUUGGAGCGUCUUUUGUCGGCUCCGAGACCUCAGAAAGCAUGUCUGGGUCGCCUCAGUCGUACAAGGGACUUACCAUUUCACCACAGACGAGACGGCAACUAUGCGAGAUUUAUCUGUACAAUGUCGAUCCGGUCUUCAAGAUCUUGCAUGCGCCCACGCUGAGGGCCUUUCUUCGGGACGACCAGCCGUAUCUUGAUUAUGAACCCGAUCAUCAUGCCCCCAAUACCUUAGCAUGGGCUGUAUACUAUGCGGCUGUCUGCACACUUGACGAUUCUCAAUGUCAAAUCCUGUUUGGUGUGGACAAGAAGACGAUCACUGCCGACCUACAAAGGGAAACGGAAUCUGCUCUGGUAAAAGCCGAUUUUGUGACUACCAACGAGUUAACGGUUCUGCAGGCCUAUGUGUUAUCAUUGCUCGCCGCUCGCUGCCAAGAUCAAAGCCGACGGGUGUGGACCAUGCUGUCAAUGGCUCUUCGUGUGGGUCAAGCUCUUUGUCUCCAUAUGCCCUUCCCCCCCUUCCAAGUCAGUCCUUUCGAGCAGGAGUUACGACGACGCACAUGGCAGGCCAUUGGUGUUCUCGAUCUGGCUGCCUCUCUCGACCGAGCUUCUGAACCAAUGAUGCAAUCUGCUUGGCUAGAUCAUGUCCGGCCGGCAAACAUCAAUGAUGAGGAUAUCUGGCAUGGCAUGGACGUGCCCUUCAAAGAGCACCCGGAGGGUACCUUCACCGAUAUGACACAGAAUUCUCUUAUCGCCGCAGCGCAGUCUGUGGCUCGGUCGAUCGGAUUCACCGACUUCAUUGAGCCCACGGUCAGAUCAUCGCAGAAGCGUCAGGAGGUUCUUGCGAAUUUCCGGGAAACAGCAAAUACCCUCUUGGCUGGGUGCAGACCUGAGUUAUCGGCGUACCACCUCUACGUAUCACGAGUAGCCUUGACUAUCUUCGGGUGGCUACAACUGGGAUGUGUGCGACCAAUUCAACGUGGAAGAAAUUGGGUUCCCCCACCUGUCGAGGGUGAUGUGCUCCUUAACCUGGCUGCUGACAAUCUGCAGAAAUUGAUGCAGACAGCCAGCGACCCUGCGAUGAGGCCGUGGAUGUGGUUUGGAUCUAUGUGGGUUCCCUGGCAUGGCCUGGCGGUUGCCCUCGCCGAACUCUGCGUUUGCAAGGACCCGGCAACGAUAGCCAAGCACUGGCCGGUGGUGGAGCAAGUAUACCAGCAAUCGAGUUUCGUCAUUGCAGAUUCCCAACACGGGAUGCUAUGGAAACCCCUUCAGAAACUCAUGAACCAGGCACGGGCCCAUCGGCAGCAAAUGCUACGCAGCGAGUCUCCCAGCGAAGGAAUCCGCCAAAUCACAAUCGGCGAUCUACCAGCAGCCAUGGAGACAAUGCCCCCUCCACCUGCUCCUCCGCCAGUCACCGAGCAGUACAAUCCUCAACCAAAUGCCCUCGUUGACCCUACGACCAUGUAUGACGUGGGCAUGGAAGCACCGAACAUUAUUGAUGCUGCUGGUCAGCAACUUGAUCCUGCCAUGAUGAUGGCACCAUCGACAUUCACGCUCGAACCAUGGCCACAGGUCUGGGACCAAAUGAAUUUCGUCGGGGACUCGGGGAUGGAGCCAGAAGCGAAUAAUUUUGCGUGGAUGAACUACUCGGCCUUCAUGGGUGAUCUAUACGAUAGCGUUGAAUGCAUGUUUCUACCCCGACAAGGAUGA